UAUUCUAUACAUUACAGACACGAUCUGUAUAUCAACGCACUUCAGAUGACAACAUUAGAAAGUUUGCUGUGUACACUAACCUAUACGGAAUGUGACUUUAAUUUAUAACAUUUAGCAACAGUAUAAUUCACAAUGUAUUCGAUAUGUAAAAGCAAUCAUCCUGCUACGGGAGUAGAACAUGCAAUAACAUGUUAUUUUUUCAAUCGUUUGGAAAAAUGUCUUGUAGUAGCAGGUGCGAAUAUCAUUCGAGUAUUUCGCUUAAUACCAGACGUUGAUAUAACUAAAAGGGAAAAAUACACAGAAUCUCGUCCUCCAAAAAUGAAAUUAGAAUGUUUAGCACAAUAUACAUUACAUGGAAAUGUAAUGUCAAUGCAAGCUGUUGCUCUUGUUGGAUCUCAAAGGGAUUCUCUUUUAUUAAGUUUUCGUGAUGCAAAAUUAUCUGUUGUAGAAUAUGAUCAAGAUAUACACGAUUUGAGAACAGUAUCUUUACAUUAUUUUGAAGAAGAAGAAAUACGAGAUGGUUGGACGAAUCAUCAUCAUAUACCCAUUGUUAGAGUAGAUCCUGAAGGAAGAUGUGCUGUAAUGUUAAUAUAUGGUAGAAAAUUGGUUGUAUUACCUUUUAAAAAAGAUCCAAGUCUCGAUGAUGGAGAUUUAUUGGAUAAUACAAAAGCCUUAUCUAAUAAAACUCCUAUACUAUCAUCAUACAUGAUAGUAUUAAAAAGUCUAGAGGAAAAAAUGGACAACAUAAUAGAUUUACAAUUUUUACAUGGUUAUUACGAACCUACAUUAUUAAUAUUGUAUGAACCAGUAAGGACAUUCUCAGGGCGUAUUGCAGUAAGACAAGAUACUUGUGCUAUGGUUGCAAUAUCAUUAAAUAUUCAACAAAGAGUACAUCCCAUAAUAUGGUCUGUAUCAAAUUUACCAUUUGAUUGUUAUCAAGCAGUGCCGGUAAAAAAACCACUCGGUGGAACAUUGAUCAUGGCUGUCAAUUCCCUCAUUUAUUUAAAUCAGAGUAUACCACCUUAUGGAGUAUCUUUGAACAGUCUAGCAGAAACUAGUACAAAUUUUCCAUUAAAACCACAAGAGGGGGUAAAAAUAAGCUUAGAAGGUUCUCAAGUUGCAUUUAUUUCUUCAGAUCGAUUAGUAAUUUCAUUGAAAAGUGGAGAAUUAUAUGUAUUGUCUUUAUUUGCUGAUAGUAUGCGUUCUGUAAGAGGUUUUCAUUUUGACAAAGCUGCAGCAAGUGUUUUAACUUCAUGUGUGUGCAUGUGUGAAGAUAAUUAUCUAUUUCUGGGAUCGCGUUUGGGUAAUUCUCUUUUAUUAAGGUUUAUUGAGAAGGAGUCCGAAAAUCUACAAAAUAUAUACGAAAAUGAAAUAAUAAUUGAAGACAAUGAAACAGAAGAAACACCAGCAAAAAAAAUAAAACAAGACUUUAUAGGCGAUUGGAUGGCAUCUGAUGUUUUAGAUAUAAAAGAUCCAGAAGAGUUAGAAGUAUAUGGAAGCGAAACACAUACUUCCAUUCAAAUCACAUCAUACAUAUUUGAGGUAUGUGAUAGUUUAUUAAAUAUUGGACCAUGUGGCAAUAUAUCUAUGGGUGAACCAGCUUUUCUAUCAGAAGAAUUUUCACACAGUCAAGAUCCUGAUGUUGAACUUGUGACAACUUCUGGCUAUGGUAAAAACGGUGCUCUGUGUGUGCUUCAACGUUCUAUACGACCUCAGGUAGUAACUACGUUUGAAUUACCAGGGUGUGAAGAUAUGUGGACAGUCAUUGGUAUGUUAAAUAAUGAUGAACAAGUAAGACCUGAAGCAGAAGGUUCGCAUGCUUUCUUAAUUUUAAGUCAAGAAGAUUCAACAAUGAUACUACAAACUGGUCAAGAAAUUAAUGAAGUAGAUCAAAGUGGAUUCAGUACACAAGGAAGUACAGUAUUUGCUGGCAAUCUUGGUGCAAAUAGAUAUAUAGUCCAAGUUACUCAAAUGGGUGUACGACUUUUACAAGGAAUUGAACAGAUCCAACACAUGCCUAUAGAUCUUGGGUGUCCAAUUGUACAUGCAAGUUGUGCAGAUCCUUAUGUAACGUUACUGUCUGAAGAUGGACAAGUUAUGUUAUUGACACUCAGAGAAGGGCGAGGAACUGCGAAAUUACACGCUCAAGCAGCUAAUCUUUUAUUUCGUCCUCAAAUAGAAGCACUAUGUGCUUACAGAGAUGUCAGUGGAAUAUUCACAACACAAUUACCUGAAAAUGUAGAAGACGAAGUACCUGAAGAGGAGCAUAAUAUAGAAGAACCACCCAUAGUUGGAAAUAUUGACAAUGAAGAUGAUUUACUUUAUGGUGAUGCACCAGCUUUUCAAAUGCCUGUACCAGCCCAAACUAAAGUAACUGAUGGAUCAUCAAAAAAAGCUCCUUGGUGGCAGAAGCAUUUACAGGAAAUAAAACCAACGUAUUGGUUAUUAGUAUAUAGAGACAGUGGAACACUAGAGAUUUAUUCUCUUCCUGAUUUACGGUUGUCCUAUCUCAUUCGUAAUUUUGGAUAUGGACAAUAUGUAUUGCACGACAGUAUGGAGUCUACAACACUACAAACAGCUCCCAUUAAUGAAAUUCCCAAUCCUGAAAUGCAGGUGCGAGAAAUUUUAAUGGUGGCAUUGGGUCAUCACGGAAAUAGACCUAUGCUUUUAGUAAGACUAGACUCAGAACUUCAAGUGUAUCAAGCAUAUAGGUAUCCAAAGGGACACUUAAAAUUAAGAUUUAAGAAACUGGAUCAUGGUAUAUUAUCAGGGCACAUAAGGCCGUCACCAAAAGAUGAAGAAAUGCCUAUGAUGAAUGAGACUCGACAUUGUAUGAUGCGUUAUUUCAGUAAUAUUGCUGGAUAUAAUGGUGUAUUUAUUUGUAGUGAAUAUCCACAUUGGAUAUUUCUCACAGGACGUGGUGAAUUGCGUAAUCACCCAAUGGGUAUCGAUGGUCCUAUCACCUCAUUCGCACCGUUCAAUAAUGUGAAUUGUCCGCAAGGUUUUCUUUAUUUCAAUAGAAAGGAAGAGCUAAGGAUAUGUGUGUUGCCAACUCAUUUAUCAUAUGACGCUCCAUGGCCAGUUCGAAAAGUACCAUUGCGAUGUACACCACAUUUUGUUACAUAUCAUCUUGAGAGUAAAACGUACUGUGUCAUAACGAGUAUAGCUGAACCAUUAAAAAGCUACUAUAGAUUUAAUGGGGAAGAUAAGGAGUUUACUGAAGAAGAUAGAUCGGAAAGAUUUAUUUACCCUUCACAAGAACAAUUUUCGAUAGUAUUAUUCUCGCCUGUUUCGUGGGAAACUAUUCCCAAUACCAAGAUUGAAUUAGAUCAAUGGGAACAUGUCACUUGUCUAAAGAAUGUUUCUUUGGCAUAUGAAGGUACUCGAUCUGGCUUAAAAGGUUAUAUAGUAUUGGGAACAAAUUAUAACUAUGGUGAAGAUAUUACAAGCAGAGGAAGGAUACUCAUAUUUGAUAUAAUCGAAGUUGUUCCCGAACCGGGUCAACCAUUGACAAAAAAUCGAUUUAAACAAAUCUAUGCAAAAGAACAGAAAGGUCCAAUAACUGCCAUCACUCAAGUCUCAGGAUUUCUAGUCUCAGCAGUUGGACAAAAAAUAUAUAUCUGGCAGCUAAAAGACAAUGACCUCGUUGGAGUUGCAUUUAUAGAUACACAAAUCUACAUUCACCAAAUGUUAAGCAUUAAAAGUCUAAUUUUAAUAGCCGAUGUAUAUAAGUCAAUUAGUUUAUUAAGAUUUCAAGAAGAAUAUAGAACAUUAUCUCUUGUUAGUAGAGAUUUUAGGCCAGCAGAAGUAUACACCAUUGAAUAUUUAAUUGAUAACAAUAACUUAGGAUUUGUUGUGGCAGAUGGUGAAAGCAAUAUAGCUUUAUUCAUGUAUCAGCCAGAAUCAAGAGAAAGCUUGGGUGGUCAAAAAUUAAUUAGAAAAGCUGAUUUUCACUUAGGUCAAAAAGUAAAUACAUUCUUUCGAAUCAAAUGUAGAGUUGCAGAUCUUGCAAAUGACAAGAAACAGUUUUCUGGUGCAGAGAAAAGACAUGUUACUAUGUAUGCAUCUCUUGAUGGAAGUCUUGGUUAUAUUUUACCUGUGCCAGAAAAAACGUAUCGAAGGUUACUUAUGUUACAAAAUGUUUUGGUAUCGCAUAUUUGCCAUAUUGCCGGUUUAAAUCCGAAAGCAUAUCGUACUUACAAAAGUUUUAUUCGUACUCAAGGAAAUCCUGCAAGGGGUAUUAUUGAUGGAGAUUUAGUUUGGCGCUAUCUCUUCUUACCAAACAAUGAAAAAAUAGAUGUAGCAAAAAAGAUAGGUACGCGCGUACAAGAAAUAAUCGAAGAUCUUACAGAAAUAGAUCGACAAACAGCACAUUUUUAAGAUAUGGCCUUUUUAAAUUUUAUAUUAAAGGCGUUUUUUUUAAUAUUUUCACAUGUUUAAUAAAUCAUAUUUCAUAUAGAGAA